GGACGGAGCGGUGUGGUGAUCCCACAUCAGUGGUAUCGUGAUAUAUUUGCCCGCCACUCUCAUAUCGCUGAUGUGACUGCGCAGUGACGAAUGAGCUGCAACGCCCGGCUACAGAAAGGUCACCAGAGUACGGAGAGAAUAGACACCGUUACCAAGCCACGGUGCAGUGGAAUCUUACCACCUAGGAUUAAAUGAAAGCUUGAUGAGUUGCAUCUUAAUUUCACAGAAACUGCAGCCUUUCAUUAUGAUGAUGAGCACGAGUUAAGAUUCGGAGGAAACAUUUCGUCAACAUAACACCGUUCUACGUUAUUCUAUCUUACAAAGGUUUCCUUUAAAUAAAAAAAUAAAUGUUUUAUCCGUAAAAUACUUCGGUGAUCCAGAUCCUAUCUGCAAUGACGUUCAGAAUAGCUCAGCUGUUUCGUCAAAGGGCAGCGCUGCAUGGAGGUCACCCAAGCAAUGAAGGUAUGCGAUCAAUUUGGUGGCCGGCCGGCGGCGCGCGGCCGGUCAAAUUGAGCCUCCGUUGAGAGCGGCACCAUCCCGCUCAGCUCAUCAGACGAAAUCGCCACGCCACCCCCACCCCGCCCACAUAGGCAGGCAUCACAAUACCGGUGGGGAGACACGGUGCGCAUUUACGCGAACCCGUGGAACGUGGAACGGUGGCAAGGUGGGUGGAAAAGGUGGAUGUGGAUUGGGAGAGUGGAGGUGAAGCAGUUUGAAAAAGAUCAGCAGCACGAUUAUUGUGGGUGGAUCGGUGGAUGCGAUGCAAAGAGGGGGUUAGGUAGCAGGUUCACUGGUCGAGACGAGAAAAGCGCAACAUAAAAGAGGAUCAACAGCUAAUCGACACCAAUGAGAGCAGAUAAAGUGAAGAAUGCAAUAUUACGGAUCAAUACGACCGAGAAAAAAUAAAAUUUCAUCUACAACCACGGCAGGUGCACGUGUCAAUACAAGCCUGAAGCCACGCUACCCUGAACCACCGUCUCACACCUGUGGCGGAAUCAUCGCAUCCGUCACUCGUCCCCUACACCCCCUUUUCAGCAAAGCUCAGCAUAAACCGACAUUUCACACCUGUGCGAGAGAAAAAAAAGCUUCGGGCACCAGGUCCCGACCUUGUCAGCCGAGAUCACCUGGGGCACGGUGAUGUCACCCUCAGCACUGCCUCCCACUGCCGUGACCACAUGUGCAAACCGAUCGAUAAGGCACGAGCGCCGAUGGGUCGCCCGGCCCCGCGGCGGUGGCGGCGGCGGCGGCGGCGGCGGCGCGCGGCAGAACAGUAUAUCAGUAGCGGCGGCGGCGGCGGCGGUGGCGGCGGCAGAGAGCGCCAGCAAACCGUGGCUGCGUGCAACACGCGGUGACGCUGAGCUUGGGCCAAACCGUGAUUUGAGACACCUUCGGUGAUGAGUGCGAAUCGUGAAAGUGACCGGUGAUCAAGUGUUUGGUGCUUGAGGACGUGCAAGCGAUGUAGAUAGUACCCGAGAUAAUUUCUAAAGACGGUGCAAGAACAAUUUCAGGUCUCAUCUCACAACAUCUCUAAACGCCAAAAAAAUAGUUGAAUCAAGUUCAUUCUCAGAUAUCAUGAGAUUAGUUUUCAUAACAACAUGUUAUUAGAAUGACGGACGAUUAAUUCGCCGAAAGCUCGUCGAACUGCCGUUCAAAGUUGUCAACAGGCGGCCCUAUCCGUUAAGUCGUCGGCGUCAUGGCGUUCUGCUCGCAACUGUGUCAGAAACUCAGCGAGUGGUGUCGGCCUGUCGAUCCGGACGAGAAAAAUGAGACAACGCGCCUCAGGGUCAAAUGCCAAAACAGGUACGUCUCGGACGAGGCGCUGCUGGACAGCUGCAGCGGCGCGGACGGAGUCAGUGGCGACUCCGAGCCGGACCUGACGCGGCUGACUCCGGGACUCGGAGUCGCGCCGGGACUCAGCGUGUCCGAGGCGCACCUGGACCGAGUGCAGCCGCCCCGCGAGCGACUCUACCGACCGGACCUGGACAGUGCGUCUCAGAACGGCGCUCAGGACUUCGGCUCCGUGCCGGACAUCACAGUCACUGCCGUGCCAGAGGUGAAGAAAAAGGAGAGCAAGGGUAUCAAGGCCAACAACCUUCGGCCCGAUGUCAUGCGACACGCACAGACCAUCGCGGAUAUCUCGAAGUUCACGCUGCGUGACCUGAAGUCGCAGAACAGCGAAAGGAGAGGAUUCGCGCGGGCCAGUCAGCACGGGUUCGAUCGAUCGCACUACGAGAGCGCGGGCUCGCUGACCCGAGACGCCGCUCCUCCGCCCGGUGCUGGGGUGGAGGACGCCAAACAGGCCAACGAGAUCUACGGCAGCGUCACAAUCGCCGCCAGCUUCAACCCGCACCUGAAACGGCUGCUGGUGCAACUGGAGUCGGUGCACAGCCUGCCGCCGCGCGGCCACCUCGCCUACGACGUCCUCACUGAGAUCACCCUGCUCCCCGACUGCAAACCCGUCAAGAAGGCUCCCGUCGUCAGCGGCGACCUCAACCCGACCUACAACCUCGACUAUGCACUGCCGCUGCGUGCCAAAGACCUCCGCUCCAAGACACUGCGGGUGACUGUGCGAGAGGCUUCUCGUCUGGGUCCGUACGAGGCAGUCGGCCACGCGCUUCUAUCACUAGACGGAACAGUCGGAGAGACGCCUGAGCGUUUCGCUCUUCCUCUGACGCGCCGUGCCGAGCCGGAUGACACCCUGGGUCGUCUGCUGGUCUCGCUCUCCUACCGAGCCGCCGACGAUCGCCUCUCCGUGGUGGUGAUGCAGGCGCGCGAGCUACGCGUCUCACCAUCCGUCCACCGUCUUCCGCAGAAAACCUUCGAGAAGCAUGCCAAAUAUGACACCUUUGUCAAGGCAUCGCUCCGCUGCGCCGGAGAAAAGGUGAAGACCAAGCGAUCACCAGUGCUGGCUGGCUCCAAGGAGCCAUUCUACAACGCCAGUUUCGGGUUCGUGCUGCCGCAAGGGUUCGUCGACGACGCCAGUCUGGUGCUGAGUGUGGUGAUGCGCGGCCCGGUGCGUACCGAUUUGGUCAUUGGCCGGGUGAUCCUCGGCCCGUUCUUCAGCAGCGCCGGAGGUCAGCCCACCCAGUGGGGCCGCGCGCUCAGCACCAGUGAUGUGGUGACACAGUGGCACAGGCUCUACCUCUGAGGUGUCAGUGGGCGCAGAUAGGUGUCAUGACGGAGUAUAAGUGGCGAUAUAAGGCUUCCAGGGAUGUCACUAGCGGUGACAGAGAUAAGGUGUCCGGUGCCGUCUAAAUGAACGAUGGACAAUGUAUUGGUGAUAGCUGUGAAUGAGUGCUGUCCAAACUCACUAACUCCGGGUUUAACUCCUGGAGAUACCCAACAGGACAAUGUAACAGAUGAGUGCAGGAAUACUUUCCCAAUCUAUAUCAACAACCCCAAUCACGACUGCGCACAGUAUGAAGCUAGAGACCCUACUACCGUCAUUCUGUCAGAUGGAACUCGGGAGAUCUGCUGACGGAGCUCACUGCAGGGCUCCGCAAUAACCACUCCAACUCCUGGUUCUCCUAUCGAGCCGAAUCGGCCACGGAUACCAGAGCCCCCGCCUCGCUAAUCCAGCGCCUGGCCACCUCCAUGGCCCAACUAUGCGCACCAACUCAGCACGAUAUCAUCCGACAAGAUCCAGACGAACAGCACCGACAAUCCCCGUCAGGAACAUGCCAAAACUGGCUCGAGGAGGCCUGCAGAGCACCCCAUAUCGAGGUCUGUAGCGGUCUGGUGGAUAGAUAGAAUCGUCGUUUCUCCGAGAAGAGUUAAUAACCUCCGCAUAUUCUGACGGCAGGCCUCCAGAGGCGGGCUAUUAUAUGCCAGGGAUGGCUAUGUGAAUCGCGGUAAUGUAAUAAGACCGAAACCAGACAUCCGCCUUCCUGAGAUGCCAUGUUUCUACGAAGAUGCUGUUACCCUUUCUAACUUCCAGCGUUACCUAGUCAGACUGUUGCAGCAUUGGCCGAUUGAGUAUUACUGUACUAGUGUACUACCACGUCGAUAAAGACGAGCGAACCUAUCAGUCGUGGCCGAACGUUCCCCUUCUGUUUGUUUCUUACCUUGUCUACGGGCGCGGUGAAGAUCGGUUCAUCUUCGUUCUCCCUGGACUCCACCGAAGGAUAGAGUCGCAGCUGAUAGCCCCUGAGGGUGCCAUGGGACUCGGACCAGUCGCCAUCCCUCUGUGAAAUGGGGAGGGGGCGGUCAGUACAGUACUGAACAGUUCGGCGCACUGAUGUGAGUUGUGACUAUUGGCAUUGGUAUGGGCUGAUAAGAACGUCAGUGGAACUUAUGUUCUUGUCCUUGGCUGAUGUCUGGACGAGCGAAUGCAUACAGAACACACGCUUGUAAGGCCUAAAUAUUGUGAGUAAUUCUGAAUGUUAUGUUGCCGAGUGCGCGUAUGAGCGUUUGGGCUAUUCUGUGACUGAGCGACGUGGCGUAAGUGUUCCUGUAAUCUCGAAUGGCCGCGCUCGAUCACUGUUUUCUUGUUCUAAGCUGUUGAUAUGCAUGUAUAAUGUAUAUAAACUCUAUUCGUGGAAGGCAGUGUCGUAUACGUAUUGUUAUGUGAUGCUAAUGGGUUUCAGCUACUGUUUUCAUAGUAUACGAAUAACGUUUAUAAACGUGGACAUGUAACACAAACAGUGAUCACUGAAUUGUUGAUUGAUGUCUACCUUUUACGAUAGAUAUGACUGAUUUGGGUAGUCAAGUAACAUGUUAUUCCCGUCAUACCUUGCAUGUGCUUGUUAUACUACGUUUAAAAUGAAAAUACAUAUAGCAAGACGCGCACUUCUCCUUUACUCAAAUAA